AUGUCAGAUGGUGGUGGUCCAACAGGUGACGAUGAUAUCGGUCUUCCCAAGGCGACCGUGUUCAAACUCAUUCAAGAAAUGUUACCCGAAGAUAUAGCUUGCGCAAAGGAAGCUAAAGACAUUAUAGUGGAAUGUUGUGUAGAAUGGGUGAAAUUGAUAUCAACGCAAUCUAACACCGUUUGUGACGAAUCUUCCAAAAAGACGAUAUCACCUGAACACGUUAUUGAAGCGUUAAAGCAACUUGGUUUUGAAGAUUAUAUAGCUGAGGUAGAUGAGAGUAAUAAAGAUUUCAAACAAUCUCAAAAAGAACGAACACGUACACAACCCGACACGAAUGGAAUGACACAAGAAGAGCUUCUCGCUUUACAGGAAAAAUUAUUCGCUUCUAGUCAAGCUAGAUUUGAAGCUGGACAAUAA